AAUUAGCUGUUUAUUUUCUGCAUUUUCAAUUUCACUACUACUCCAUUGUUUUCUUCUCUCUCUCUCUCUCUCUCUCUAUCUGAUCGAUCUCUCAAGUAAUUGAUCGAUCUCCUCAAACCCUUAUUGGUUAAGGACAGUACUGUUCUUUGAUCAUCUAGCUUUGUCUGAUCGAUCAAUGACUUCAACUCAUUUCUAUUCACCUAAUUCUACUUCUUUUCCUUUAGACCUUCAUGAAGAAGAAGAUCAUCAUCAUCAACACCACCAACUCUUCCAUUUGAAACCACAAGCUUCAUCAUCAUCUUCAUCUUCAUCCCCAUCUCUUUCAAACUCAAUAUUAUUCAAUUCGAAUCAAGAUCAACAAGGAGGAACAUGUUAUUAUAGGGACUCGCAGCGGAUAGACUAUCAAUUACAAGAGGGCAAUAUAUUUGUUCCGCAAGACGGAUCGUGUGACCAACCAUCGAUGCUACAGACUGAAAGUACUAAUAGUGGUAUCAAAUUAUGUAUUAAUUUGAUGAACGAUGCUAGUGGAAAUAGAAAUGGAAAUCCGAGUGAAAGUAGCUCAGUCAAGUUGAUGUCUUCAAAGAUGAGGUUGAUGAAGAAGAUGAUGGAUUCAGAUCAAAUCGUGGCGGCGGAUCACUCUACUAGAUCGUCAGAGAAUCAUAAGCAUCAGUCAACAAUCUCACAAAUUGAUAACUACAAAGACCAAAAUCUCUACAACAAUGGCAAUAACACAAUUAGGGUUUGUGCUGAUUGCAACACAACCAAGACCCCUCUUUGGAGAAGUGGUCCUAGAGGUCCCAAGUCGCUCUGCAACGCCUGUGGAAUAAGGCAACGAAAGGCGAGGAGAGCGAUGGGGACUGCUGCAAAUGGCGGAGUUGAACCACCACCACCAAGUAUGAAGAGAGAUCAUAAAGGGAAACACAAGAACAAAAGAUCAUCAGAUGAAAGUUACAAUACUAGUCUUCCAAUCAAGAAAAGGUACAAAAUCGCGUCCCAACCUAGUCGAGGAAGAAAGAAAAUAUGUUUUGAAGAUUUGCCGAUAAUCUUAAGCAAGAACAGCACAGCUUAUCAACAAGUAUUUCCUCAGGACGAGAGAGAAGCCGCGACCCUGCUAAUGGCUUUAUCUUAUGGUCUCGUUCAUGGUUGACACAGCUGGUUUCAGGUCUUUUUGUCUAAUUAGAUCAAGCAGUAUUAGUAUUAUAGCUUGCUAGCUAGAUUGCAUUUGUGUGAGAGGUUGUCGUGAGUGAUAAUAAUUAAGAGAUAGUUUGAAUUAAUAAGAUUGAAUGUAGACUA